AUGUCUUCUACGGUGAAUUAUAGUGUGUACGGAAAACGUUAUGCAAACGCUCAACAUUUAUUCGAGACUUAUGCAAAUAAAACUAGUAAAGUUGGGUGGUAUGAGAAAUUCGACAAGAAAGUUCACCUUGCAUCAGGAGUACUCGCGAGAGGGGGCGAAACAAAAUUUUUAUAUAAAACAUGUAUUGGUAUCACGACCGACGAACUGCUCGAGGUAGCCUCGUGUUUAAAGAAAGCAGCGCAUACACCAGGAGCAAGCAACGAAUUCUGUAUUUCAGAAGGCACCGAUUACAAAGGUGACUCAACCAAGUUGGUUCUUCGCGAUAGCGACUAUCAAGGUUUAGUAUUAUUGCGUCUAAACGCAAAGAAAGCAGAUAUUGUGGUUGAUGAGGAUUCAGACGAAGAUCCUGAUCCAGAACCCGUCCCCGUCAGCGGUGGUGGUGAAGAUGAAAAUUUUGAAGAUGUUGUGGAAUGGUCUGAAUGUUUCGAGAAGUUUUACAUCUCAAAACGUGAUGACUGGAAGAAAUUCAAUAAAGUUAUGUUGGCCAUUCACAACGAUGUUACACAUCUCAACGAUGUCGAUCUUGAAUCAGUGAUUCCUCCUGCUGGUGAACCUCCUCAGAUGCAGAAGCAGAUCGUGGGCCCCUCUACACCCUCUACAACAACCAAAGGUGGUGGAAAACGUGGUGCAGGUGGUAGCGGUGGUGGUGCACGCAAGAAAUCUCGUCCGACCAAUGCAGAAUUAUUUGACGGUGAACAACAGGUACGACCCUUACGACCCAUUCCUCCUUUGCGUUCUCCCAGUUCUCCUCUGCGUUCUCGCAGUUUGGACAAUUCAAAGACAAAAUAUAAUAAAGCCCAAAAACAUAGUACACAAGUAACAUGGGCCGAACCUAUAUCAAAAUUAAUUAGAGAUAAAAAACGUAGUCCAGCAGAAGUAUCAGUUAUGGUAAAUAAUCGACGUAGCAUGAGUCUUUAGUGGGUAGUUAUAAUUUAUAUAUUUUUUUUUAGAAAUUACCGCCAAAAACGGCAUUGGCAACUAUUUUUCAAUACAUGCUCGAGGGUAGUACGCUAGAAGAGACCGUUCUUAAACAUUUAGACGAAUUAAAUAGCGAAGCAAAAUUUGAUUAUAUGCAGUUAGCUCGAGAUCAACCCCGCAUAUUGUAUGCGAUGUACGACGUGAUUAAGGCUCAAGUCGGGGCUGACGAGUAA